GGAACGAAAGAAGAUUUCGAGUGAAAUCUUAAAUAUCUUUUUGAAAAUUUAAAUUUGAAACAGUAAUUUUUUAAAUUCUAACUAAAAUUAUCAAAUCAUCGGAUCGGGGUUUGGCGUUCAACCAGAGAGGUGAACUCAUCAAGGUUCACUUCAGUUCGUUCAGUCAGGUUGCAGGUUGAAAACCUUCUGCUCUCGUAAAUCGGCUUAUGAAAACGUUGAAUCGAGCGUGCUCAACUGGUUCGGCCCGGCUCGGCGAUGGCGGCGGCGGCGGCACAGGGCGAGCGGCCGGACCUGGGCAGCCUGGUGGACGAGCUCUGCGCCACGGGCCGCGCCGCCGAGGCGCACCACCGCGUCUCCCUCCUCUUCCUCUCCUCCUCCUCCGCCGCCGUGCCGUCCCGCCACCUCGACGGGCGCGCCGCCGAUGGCCUGCUCCGCCGCCUCCUCCGCGCCCGCAAGCCGCUGCUCACGCUCCGCCUCCUCCAGGCCGCGCCGCCCGCCGCGCUCGUCCCCUCCCUCCCCAACUACAACCGCCUCCUAGCCCUCCUCUGCGGCUCCUCGGCCCCGCUCCUCCUCGUCCUCCUCGCCCACCGCCUCCUCCUCCGCAUGCGCGCCGCCCCGGACGCGGCCACCUACGCCGCGCUCCUCGACGGCUACGCCCGCAUCCCCGACCCGCGCGCCGUCCGGAAGCUGCUCGACGAAAUGCCACGCCGCGGGGUGGCUCCCAGCUCACUCGCGCGCAGUUACCUCGUCAAGGCCUUGCUCCGCAGCCGCGACGUCGACGGGGCUAUGGCCCUUGUCGACAACCAUCUCUGGUCUAGCAUGGAGCGCAGCAACGGAGAAGACCAGGAACUGAAGAAUGCCGCGUUCGCCAACCUCGUGCAAUGCCUCUGCAUCGAGGGGUUCUUCCACAUUGUCUUCCGAAUUGCCGAGGAGAUGCCACAGCAACGGUGCGGUGUUGCCGACGUGUUUGCCUACUCUCAGAUGAUUGACUCCCUUUGCCGGUCUGGGCAGCACCAUGGUGCAUCCAGGAUAGUGUACAUCAUGGGGAAGAGGGGCAUGUAUCCAAGCACCGUCUCCUACAAUUGCAUUGUUCAUGGGUUGUGCACCAGCCAGAAGCCUGGGGGGCGCUUGAGGGCGUACCAGCUAGUGAUGGAAGGCGUGCGUUUCAGGUAUCACCCAAGGGAGGUAACAUACAAGGUACUAGUUGAUGAGCUCUGCCUGGAGAAUGAGCUCGCAAAGGCCAAGGAUGUCAUGGAACUGAUGCUGAAGGUUACUCCUGAUGAUGACACCAGGACUAGGAUAUACAAUAUGUUUCUUGCAGCACUCCGUGUUGUGGACAACCCAAGUGAGCAGCUUGAUGUGCUAGUGUCCAUGCUGCAGGAAGGAUGCAAGCCCGAUGUGAUCACCAUGAACACUGUCAUCCAUGGUUUCUGCAAAGUUGGAAGGGCCCAGGAAGCCAGGAGGAUUGUAGAUGACAUGCUGAAUGGGAAAUUCUGUGCUCCAGACGUUGUGACCUUCACCACCCUCAUAUCCGGAUACCUGGGUGUAGGUGAGUUUGCAGAAGCCCUGCAUGUACUGUCCACUCUGAUGCCCAAGCACCAGUGCUUGCCUAAUGUUGUCACUUACAAUUGUGUCCUCAAGGGACUGCUCAGCCUUGGGCUACUUGACAGAGCAAUGGAGGCCCUUGAGGAAAUGAAGUCCAGUAACGUCAUUCCUGACUCCGUGACUCACACGGUAAUGAUCAAAGGGUUCUGCGAUGCUGGAGAACUAGAGAAGGCAAAGUCAUUUUGGGACAAUGUUAUCUGGCCAUCUGGAAUGCAUGAUGAUUAUGUGUACAGCGCGAUCUUCAGAGGCCUCUGUAAACUAGGGAAACUAGAACAGGCAUGUGAUUUCUUAUAUGAAUUGGUGGACUCUGGGGUUGCACCUGGUGUCCUGUGCUACAACAUUCUCGUCGAUGCUGCCUGCAAGCAGGGAUUGAAGAAGCUGGUUUAUCAGUUAGUGAAGGAGAUGAGAAGGAAUGGCAUAUCACCGGAUGCUGUUACUUGGAGGAUUAUUGACAGAUUGCACCUCUACAGCGAUGAAAAACAGGAUGGGGAGCUCCAGAUGUCCGCUACUGAUGGGGAUCCAAGUUCUGCGGAUGACACAGUAGAUACCCUCAUUUCAAAUAGAGAUGAGAAGCAUACGCCGUCAUUGCCAUCUAAAACAUCCAAAUUUGGGACGGUGGUGCGUGACGAUAGCAGCAAAUGUGAGGAAGAAGAGGUUGACUACUCACCAUGUGCUAGUGAGGAUCCACCAAAUAUUAUUGAACCUGCCAAAGAAGAAGCAUGUCCAAUGAAUAAUUCAGGCGCUGGUACCACAAUGGGCAACAGGGGUAUGACUAGGGAAGAAGGCCUUAUGAAGCCAGAUAAGCAGCCUUUGAAAAGAGAGCUGCUGUCUAGAGUGGCCAGAAAGGUGUUUGGACUGUUAUAGAAAUUGCUAGUGAUUUGCUUAUUUUUCGCUCGCGAGAUUAGUUAGCAAAACAGCAUCAAAUGAGAACUGAAAUGCUUCAUAGUAAUAUUGUAUUGGUACUUGUUCUGUAAAUUAUUUAUGACUUCUUAGAGCAAAUGUAGCUACUGAAAUAUAUAUCAGAUUUUGCUGUCAAAGCUUGUGAAACUCUGAAUGAUAUGAAUAAUUUUUUAGCCAUUUCA